AUGCAGGUGCAUGAUGGGUGUAUGAGGCUUGUUCAGCGGGAGAUCAGCACACUUUCAGUGUCUUAUCUGAUCUCCCCUCUGCUUAUUAAACCCGAAUUCGACAUUGAUGUCAUUACUUCCAGUAUUAAGUUGUCAUUUCUCCAGCUGCUGUGGCUAGAGAAGAAGUCGGUGAAGCACAAUCUGUGCUUCAUAAGCUUCUGUGGGGUUCACAGCUCUAUCCCUACAGACACCAUGGCAGAGACAAAAGUGCAGGCUGAAAAAUCGACCAGUGCAGAAAAACCUAAAGUGGCCCCGGGAGCCACAAGCAGCUACUACACCGACUCCCUGGGGUUCAUGGCCAUGGACAGCAACGUCCCUGGAUUGUCCAACGUCAUCCUGCAGAAGCUGAACAUGCGGAGCUUCGAGGAGUACAGGUCUGCAGUAGAAGGUAACAAUCUUGCUGGAAAUUUUGGCAUCAAGACGUACUCGGAGAUGUUUCAAAAGAUGGAGGACACUUACAAAUUCUGCGUGCAAUGCAAGAAGCUCCCGUCCAGUAUUCCCGACGCCCGUGGUAUGAGGCGUUGUAAAAGGUGUCAGAACAUUUACUAUUGCAGCUCGGAGUGUCAGAGGGAGAACUGGCCUGUGCACAAGAAGUUCUGCAGGAAACUGAAACUGGCUGCCAUUGAUAGGCUGCUCGAGUGGCUGAUCUUCACAGGAGAUAUUCCUUUCGCCACCUGUCCUUGGACAAUGUCCAUUUCCAAUGUGAAGACCUGGGAUGACUGGUUCUCCAUGCAGGAAAACCUUGAGGAGAAGAUAGCAAACAUCAUGGCGGGACGUUACAUGGGCAUCCUCUGGUCCAACUGCGGAAAGCCAAAACCCGAGAACCCCGAACUGCGAGAGUCCAUCAAACGUUUGACGACCGACUAUUUCACAAGGCCAAUGACCAUUGGUUUUGGUAUGAACGCUUUCCGCAUCGAUCCCUACUCCGUUCCCAUCACUGUACAUGUGGUUGGCGCCUCUCACAUUGAGACUUUGAACAUCCGUCCGACGGACUACGACGAGCUUGCCAAGAUGUUUCCGGGGAACCAGGGUCUGGAGGUGCUUAUGGUUGGCCCGGAAGUGGUCAGUGGCCCGGUGAUGAGACCACCACUGACAGCUUUUGGCCCGUCCGGGAAAGUCUACCUGAGCGGUUACAAAGCUCUAUACCAUAUCUUCUGGGAGGCGAUGGUGGAGAACCAACGGGCAGCGAGGCCUGAUCUCGUGGUGGGCUUCCAUCCAGGAUUCCACGCCUCGCAGGGUCUUACGGAGGGCUGGCUUCCCACCCUGCUUCUUCUGCGGGAUUAUAACAUCCCCUGUCUGUUCACCAUGUACAGUGAUCAAGAGCUGAAGUACUCCCUGCAAAUCCUGGCGGAGUUGGAGACGAAGGUGAUCGCGUCCGGGCCCUUCCCGUUCGCCUCCCAGAAACCCGAACAGGUCCAGUCAGACCCCAACAAGCCCCCCGUCACCAGUAACUCCCACUUCCUGCUCUUCAAGGGGGCCGCCUGGCAGGACACGGAGACCGACAUGGGAGAGCUGGAGGACUAA